AUGUUCUCACACCCAUCUCACCACCAGACGCUCAAAGAUACCAGCCUGACCUCCAAGACUUCUUCCAAAGCGGUCUCACAUGUGCUUCCGCUCGAGUUGACUCAGGUCUCGAACAAGAAAGGUCUCAAGGGUAUGGGAGCGAUCAGAACUGUCCUCGUCCUCGCCCUCUUGUGUGUAUGCAGAGCUCGCCUCCAGGCAGCGAGAGGCAUCCUCAGCAUCGUCAAUCAAUGCUCCCAUGUCAGGGCCAGUGAGAACAGCUGCCGACGCCAUGCUCUCGGUCGACCUCUGCGCCUUGUUGGCGGGUCCGGGGAUGCUGAAAGUGAUCCGGCGAAGAUGAUGGAGGAGGGGGAGCGCUUGUUCGCUGUGGCCAUGGGGAGAAGGAAAGGAGAGGAGGAGACGAAGACAACGUGCUUGAAGGCGCUGGUCAGGCUGCUCAUGGGAGGUAAUCCCAUGGAUUUGUCAGCAGGAAAGAAAGCGGCGCUGCUGGAACAAGCAGUGGAUAUGUUUGACAGUGCUUCUGUAAAAUACAAGCUGCAAGGACAGCUGAAACAAGCAGGAUCUGCUGUCAUGCGGGCGGCCGAAUGUUGCAAGAACAUCCGUGACAGAAGCUACGAGGCAGCAGACAAGACUGAUUUCCAGGAAUACAUCGAGGCUGAUCUUUCCUUUCGGGACUCUGCAUUCGCGCAAAUUGCAGAUAAGCUGAAGGAGGCGGUAGUGACCAAGAGCAUGGAUAUAUUCAACAAACAGGUGCGAGAUUUGAAUGGGUCAGCGACUUUUGAUCGCAGCGUGUCUGCGCUCUUCACCUUGAUCAAGUCGACGCUCUCAAGAGAGGGAGAGGAAGGGAAGCGUCUCGAGGAGCGACUUGCGACACAGGAUGACGAGGACAUUCUGUGA